AUGGCCCUUACCACCGCCGCUGCGGCGAUUGCUGGCGGCCUAGCCACGGCUGCGUAUCUCGAUGCCAAAUUUCUCAUCAGACAUGACCUCCGGAGCGGUACUUUGGCCGGCAAUACCAAGGAAGCCCUCGACUUCAUUAAUAAGAGGACGGCUCAAAACAAGUUGCUGAUGUACCAUGUCUUUGAGGAGCAUGCUCAGGGGCAAAAUGCAGAUAACUUGUUCCUGAUAUUCGAAGAUCGAACAUGGACCUACAAGCAAUUCUUUGAUGACUUGCAAAGAGUUGGAAAUUGGUUGUUAAACGAUCUUGGUAUCCAGCCUAAGGAAAUCGUCGCAAUUGACGGUGGCAACAGCCCCGAGUACCUCCUCCUCUGGUUCGGACUCGAGGCGAUCCGCGCCUGUCCGGCUUUUAUCAAUUGCAAUUUGACUGCAGCUCCUCUCACGCACUCGGUCAAACUCUGCGAUUCGAGGUAUCUCAUCGCAGAUCGCGGAACCAAGGAUCUUGUUCAGCCAUGUGAAGAAGAGCUCAAAGCCGCGAAUGUGCAGACGAUCUACUACGACGAGGCCUUUAUAUCUUCGUUCUCAGACCGGACGCCCUUGCCGAAGUCGCGACAGGAAGGCAUAUCACCAUAUGAACUUGGCAGCCUCAUUUAUACUUCCGGGACCACUGGUUUGCCCAAAGGAGUCAUUCUGCUUCGAGGCCGAGAAUUGAACACGGCAAGAAACAUCAGCGCUUAUCUCAAACUGAAACCGCACAACAGGAUGUAUACCGCACUCCCUCUCUAUCAUGGAGCAGGCCACGGUCUCUGUGUCACUCCCUCGAUCUAUGCUGGCUCCACCAUCGUCCUAAGCCGCAAAUUCAGCCACAAGACCUUCUGGCCUGAAGUUCGCAAAUCUCGGGCCGACAUUCUUCAAUACGUGGGCGAACUAUGCCGAUACUUAAUCAAUGCACCGUCGAGCCCUCUCGACAAGCAACACAAUGUCACCAUGGCCUGGGGUAACGGCAUGCGACCGGACGUCUGGGAAGUGUUCCGAGAAAGAUUCGGUAUCGAAAUCAUUAACGAGCUUUACGCCGCGACGGACGGACUCGGGGCCACUUUUAAUGCCAACAAGGGCGAGUUUGGUCGCAACGCCGUCGCCCUGCGUGGGGCGUACUGGCACUUGGUAAACGCUGCGAACGAAAAACGGGUGCGCAUCGACCCUGACACGCAAGAGAUUCUUCGAGACCAAAACAACUUCGCGAUCGAAUGCAAGACCGAUGAGCCUGGCGAGGUGCUGCACAGGAUGGACCCUGCCACCGCCGACAUCGUGUUCGCUGGGUACUACAAGAACGAGAACGCAGGAGACAAGCGCAAGAUCCGCGACGUGUUUAAGAAAGGCGACCUGUGGUUCCGGUCGGGGGAUAUGAUGCGUGAAGACGCCGAAGGCCGCGUAUAUUUUGUCGACCGACUAGGCGACACGUUCCGAUGGCGUAGCGAGAAUGUGUCGACAAACGAAGUCAGCGACGUGCUCGGCCGCUUCGAUCAGAUCGCCGAAGCCAACGUCUACGGCGUACAGGUGCCCCACACGGACGGACGCGCCGGAUGCGCAGCAAUCGUCCCGGUCCAGGGCAUCACGCCCGACAAACUUGAUCUCGUCGCUCUCGCAGAGCACACCAUCUCCGUCCUCCCGCGGUACGCUGUGCCCAUCUUUCUCCGCGUCGUGCCCCAGCUCGAGUACACGGGGACUAUGAAGCUGCAGAAAGGCCGACUUCGCGCCGAAGGCGUGGAUGUUGAUAAGAUCCGCCUGUCGAGCCCUGAGGAUCGCACGUUCUGGCUUCCCCCUGGCGCCAACAGGUAUGUGGAGUACGGGCCGAAGGAGUGGGAGGAGCUCAAGGGUGGAAGGGUUAGGUUGUAG